AUGCGGAGCCGGCCCAUGACGACUCUUCGCCUGUUGUUGGUUGCUGCGGCGGCGGCAUCGGCACUGCUACCCAGCCCGAGUCCGCUGCGGUCCCCUCCAACGACAGAUGCAGCCCUUCGCGUUGCCACCAGCGGGUGCGCUGGAGAGGCGGUGCCGAGCGCGCUGUACGCGCACCUUGGGCAGGAUCGCGUCGCCACCGCCGCCGCCCUUGGCCGCAUCUCCUCGAGCGCCGCGCUGCUCGACAUCCUGGUGACGCCGCAGCUCGGCCGGCUGUCGGACACGAUCGGCCGCAAGCCGCUCCUCGUUGGCGCGCCCGCCCUCGCCCUCCUCUGCCGAGGCGUGGCCGCCUCGCGCCCGACGAUUCGCGUGCUGGUGAUCGUCAAGCUCCUCUCCCUCCUCCUCACCUCGACCUUCUCCGUCGCGCUGCGCGCCUCAAUCGCAGACACACACCGCGACGACCCCGCCGCACUCACCGGCAAGCUCGGCCUCGUGGUUGGCCCGACGCUAUACGGCUACCUCUUCGGCCUCGGCUGCUCGGUGGGAGUGCCCGCCCUCCCCUUCCUCUUUGCCACCGCCGUCUCGCUCUCCGCCACCGCCCUCGUGCUCGCCUCGCCCUCGCACGUCUGGGACCCGCCACCGCAGCCUCCGGCCGCGCGUGACGCGGGCGGUGGCGGCGGCAGUGGCAGCGGCGAUCUUGCUGCCGGGAGCGGCGGAGCCGGAGGCAGCGGGAGGGGCGGCGGAAGCUGA